GGCGCGCGGCUCGGUGCUGGGUGUGCAUGGAUGCUGGCUCCGGCCCUUUGAGGUCCGCGGGGCCUCAGCCGGGAAAUAUCCUCUCCUGCGUUCCACGAGGCCCCCAAGGCGACGCCAGGCUUCCAGGCUCCACGGCCGGGUGCGACCCCCCAGCUCGCAGGGGAGCGACCAGUGGCCGGGAGCUGCCGGAGCGAGCCGAGGCCGCGGCUGCCCGGGCCUGCCUGACCCUCGAGGGGGUCGCUGUUGCCUCGCGGAUCCCUCCCUCGCUCCCCGCCCGCGUCCCUCCCCGCUGCUCCCGCCGCGUCCGCCUUUUGUUCGCCGAGCCGCGCGCCCCCGAGCCGAGGCGGCGGGGCGGGGAACUGGCGGGGCUGCGUGGGGGGCGGGCCGCGCCGGGCGGAGCCGGGGCCCUGGCCUCAGCCGGACUGGGAGUCCGAGGCGGCGAUCGCCGAGCAGGCGGCAGCCGGGGUUCGGGCUCGCUCCGAGGGCGCGGCGAGGCGGAGGGGGCGGGCACCGGGCGGAGCCGGAGCCGGAGUCGUGGUGCCUGGAGGAGAUCGGGCCGCGCGCUGCGAGCACCAAGUGGAGGAGAGGCCGCGCGGCGCGGGCCAGGGCCCGAGCGCAGUCCCCGGUCGCAGGAGGCCGGAGCGCAGUCGCGGCCUGAGCGGCAGGAGCGCACCCGGGACCCGCCGCAGGGACCCCCAGACCGGCCGCUCCCGGGCCAUGCGCGCCGCUCGCUGAGAGUCGGGGAGGCCGCGAUGGAGGCGCCAGCGGGAGAAUCAUCGACGCGGGGCUCCUGCCCCCCGCCUGCACCCGCGCCCCCCACGGAAAGGAAGAAGAGCCACCGCGCGCCGUCGCCAGCCCGACCCAAGGACGUGGCCGGCUGGUCUCUGGCCAAGGGCCGCCGCGGCACAGGCCCGGGCGCCGCUGCAGCCUGUGGCGCUGCGUCCUCAGCGAGGCCGGACAAGAAGGGGCGCACGGUGACGCCCGGCGCCCGGGGCGCAGGGCCGCGGGUGGCCGGUGUGCGCACGGGGGUCCGAGCUAAGGGCCGUCCUCGUCCGGGUACCGGGCCGCGCCCGCCGCCGCCGCCGCCCAGCCUCACCGACAGCAGCUCCGAGGUGUCGGACUGCGCGUCGGAGGAGGCGCGCCUGCUGGGCCUGGAGCUGGCGCUGAGCAGCGACGCCGAGUCUGCGGCGGGUGGCCCGGCGGGGACCCGCCCCGGGCAGCCGCCCCAGCCCGCACCGUCGGGGCAGCAGCCUCCGCGGCCUCCCGCCUCCCCAGAUGAGCCGUCGGUGGCCGCAUCGUCGGUGGGCAGCAGUCGCCUGCCACUCAGCGCCUCGCUCGCCUUCUCCGACCUCACCGAGGAGAUGCUGGACUGCGGGCCGGGCAGCUUGGUGCGGGAGCUGGAAGAGCUGCGCUCGGAGAACGACUAUCUCAAGGAUGAGAUCGAGGAGCUGCGGGCUGAGAUGCUGGAAAUGCGGGAUGUCUACAUGGAGGAAGAUGUGUACCAGCUACAGGAGCUGCGGCAGCAGCUGGACCAAGCCAGCAAGACCUGUCGUAUCCUGCAGUACCGGUUGCGGAAAGCUGAGCGUCGUAGCCUCCGUGCUGCCCAGACAGGCCAGGUGGAUGGUGAGCUCAUCCGUGGUCUAGAGCAGGAUGUCAAGGUCUCUAAGGACAUCUCCAUGCGGCUUCAUAAGGAGCUGGAGGCCGUGGAGAAGAGGCGGAUGCGGCUGGAGGAGGAGAAUGAGGGGCUUCGGCAGAGGCUCAUCGAGACAGAGCUGGCCAAACAGGUGCUACAGACGGAGCUGGAGCGUCCCAGAGAGCAUUCCUUGAAGAAAAGAGGAACCCGGUCUCUGGGGAAGACAGAUAAGAAGCCCACCGCACAGGAGGACAGCGCAGACCUGAAAUGCCAGCUGCAUUUCGCAAAGGAGGAGUCUGCCCUCAUGUGCAAGAAGCUCACCAAACUGGCCAAGGAGAACGACAGCAUGAAGGAGGAGCUGCUCAAGUACCGCUCCCUGUAUGGAGACUUGGACGCAGCCCUGUCUGCAGAGGAGCUGGCAGAUGCUCCACACUCGCGUGAGACAGAGCUGAAGGUGCACCUGAAGCUGGUGGAGGAGGAGGCCAAUCUGCUGAGCCGGCGCAUCGUGGAGCUGGAGGUGGAGAACCGAGGUCUCCGGGCUGAGAUGGACGACAUGAAGGACCACGGGGGCAGCGGAGGCCCCGAGGCCCGGCUGGCUUUCUCUGCUCUGGGUGGUGAGUGUGGGGAGAGCUUGGCCGAGUUGCGGCGCCACCUGCAGUUUGUGGAAGAGGAGGCUGAGUUGCUGCGGCGCUCCUCGGCAGAGCUGGAGGACCAGAACAAGUUGCUGCUGAAUGAGCUGGCCAAAUAUCGCUCAGAACACGAGCUGGACGUGACACUGUCGGAGGACAGCUGCUCGGUGCUCAGCGAGCCCUCACAGGAGGAGCUGGCGGCUGCCAAACUGCAGAUCGGCGAGCUCAGCGGCAAGGUCAAAAAGCUGCAGUAUGAGAACCGCGUGCUCCUCUCUAACCUGCAGCGCUGCGACUUGGCCUCCUGCCAGAGCACACGCCCCAUGCUGGAGACGGAUGCUGAGGCUGGGGACUCUGCACAGUGUGUGCCUGCCCCUCUGGGCGAGGCACUGGAGCCCCACACCACCCGGCUAUGUAGGGCGCGCGAGGCCGAGGCGCUGCCCGGACUGCGGGAGCAGGCCGCCCUGGUCAGCAAGGCCAUCGACGUCCUGGUGGCUGAUGCCAAUGGCUUCUCAGUUGGCCUCCGGCUGUGCCUGGACAAUGAGUGUGCAGACUUGCGGUUGCACGAGGCUCCUGAUAACAGCGAGGGCCCCAGGGAUGCUAAGCUCAUCCAUGCCAUCUUGGUGCGGCUGAGUGUGCUGCAGCAGGAACUGAACGCUUUCACACGCAAGGUGGAUGUGGCCUUGGGGAGCUCUGCCAAGGAGCAGUCUGAGCCCUUCCCUGCGCUGCCCGCCUUGGGUUCCCAGGGACCUUCCAAGGAAAUCAUGCUGGCCAAAGAUCUUGGCUCUGACUUCCAGCCAUCUGACUUCAGAGACCUGCUGGAAUGGGAGCCUAGAAUCCGAGAGGCCUUCCGGGCUGGUGACUUGGACUCUAAGCCUGACCCCAGUCGGAACUUCAGGCCUUAUCGAGCUGAAGAUAAUGAUUCCUAUGCCUCUGAGAUCAAGGAGCUUCAGCUGGUUCUGGCAGAGGCCCACGACAGCCUCAGGGGCUUGCAAGAGCAGCUGUCCCAGGAGCGGCAGCUCCGGAAGGAGGAGGCUGACAGCUUCAACCAGAAAGUGGUCCAGCUAAAAGAAGACCAGCAGAGAGCGCUGCUGAGGCGGGAGUUCGAGCUGCAGAGUCUGAGCCUCCAAAGGCGGCUGGAGCAGAAAUUCUGGAGCCAGGAGAAGAACAUACUGGUUCAGGAGUCCCAGCAAUUCAAGCACAACUUCCUUCUGCUCUUCAUGAAGCUCAGGUGGUUCCUGAAGCGUUGGCGGCAGGGCAAGGUUCUGCCCCACGAGGAGGAUGACUUCCUGGAGGUGAACAGCAUGAAGGAACUGUAUCUGCUGAUGGAGGAAGAAGAGAUGAAUGCCCAACACUCGGAUAACAAGGCCUGCACGGGGGACAGCUGGACCCAGAACACGCCCAAUGAGUACAUCAAGACCCUGGCGGACAUGAAGGUCACACUAAAGGAGCUGUGCUGGCUGCUCCGGGACGAGCGUAGGGGUCUGACUGAGCUUCAGCAGCAGUUUGCAAAGGCCAAGGCCAUGUGGGAGACAGAGCGGGCAGAGCUCAAGGGCCAUGCCUCACAGACGGAGCUGAAGGCUGGGAAGGGUGCCAGCGAGAGACCCGGGUCCGACUGGAAGGCCGCCCUGCAGAGGGAGCGGGAGGAGCAGCAGCACCUGCUGGCCGAGUCCUACAGCGCCGUCAUGGAGCUGACACGGCAGCUGCAGAUCAGCGAGCGCCACUGGAGUCAGGAGAAGCUGCAGCUGGUGGAGCGGCUGCAGGGCGAGAAGCAACAGGUGGAGCAGCAGGUGAAGGAGCUGCAGAGCCGCCUCAGUCAGCUGCAGAAGGCUGCCGAACCCUGGGUCCUGAAGCACUCAGACCUGGAGAAGCAGGACAACAGCUGGAAAGAGACACGAAGUGAGAAGAUCCACGACAAGGAGGGUGUUUCUGAAGCUGAACUUGGGGGAACUGGCUUAAAGAGGACCAAAUCUGUUUCCUCCAUGUCUGAGUUUGAAAGUUUGCUCGACUGUUCCCCCUACCUCGCUGGUGGAGAUGGCCGGAACAAGAAGCUGCCCAACAGCCCUGCUUUUGCCUUUGUGAGUACUGAGCCAACGGAGCCUGAGAAAGAUGCCAAGGAAAAGACUGGGCUGUCCACUCGGGACUCCAACCGCAUGGGUACCCUGGCCUGCCAGGAGCCUGCAGGGAGGCAGAUGCAGCGCAGCUACACUGCUCCAGACAAGACUGGCAUACGAGUCUACUAUAGUCCCCCAGUGGCCCGGCGCCUGGGUGUCCCUGUUGUCCAUGACAAGGAGGGCAAGAUCCUCAUUGAACCAGGGUUCCUCUUCACCACAGCCAAGCCCAAGGAGUCCGCCGAGGCAGAUGGGCUAGCUGAGAGUUCCUAUAGCCGGUGGCUUUGCAACUUCUCCCGGCAGCGCCUUGAUGGAGGAUCCGGGGGCAACACCUCGAGUUCUGGGCCUGCUUUCCCUGCAGCCUUGCAUGACUUUGAAAUGUCAGGCAACAUGAGUGAUGACAUGAAGGAGAUCACCAACUGCGUGCGGCAGGCCAUGCGCUCUGGCUCGCUAGAGAGGAAGGUAAAGAGCACAUCCAGCCAGACAGUAGGACUGGCCAGUGUGGGCACGCAGACCAUCCGGACAGUCAGUGUGGGCCUGCAGACUGACCCACCCCGCAGCAGCCUCCAUAGCAAGAGCUGGUCACCCCGCAGCUCCUCGCUUAUGUCAGUACGCAGCAAGCAGAUCUCCUCCUCCCUGGACAAGGUCCAUUCGCGCAUUGAGCGGCCAUGCUGCUCGCCUAAGUAUGGCUCACCCAAGCUCCAGAGGCGAUCAGUGUCCAAGCUGGACAGCACCAAGGACCGCAGCCUGUGGAAUCUGCACCAAGGCAAGCAGAAUGGCUCAGCCUGGGCCCGCUCCACCACCACACGGGAUAGCCCAGUGCUGAGGAAUAUCAACGAUGGGCUGUCCAGCCUGUUCAGCGUGGUGGAGCACUCAGGGAGCACUGAGUCUGUCUGGAAACUGGGCAUGUCUGAGGCCCGAACCAAGCCGGAGCCUCCCAAGUAUGGCAUUGUACAGGAGUUCUUCCGGAAUGUGUGUGGCCGGGCACCGAGCCCCAUUACCACAGCAGGAGAGGAGAGUUCCAAGAAACCAGAGCCCCUCUCCCCUGCCAGCUACCAUCAAGCUGAGGGUGUAGCCAGGAUCCUGAAUAAGAAGGCAGCCAAGGCAGUUGGUAGUGAAGAGGUCAGACCCACCAUGCUCUCCCAGGUCGGGAAAGAUGGUGCCCUUCGGGAUGGAGAUGGAACCUUGAUCCUUUCCAGUGAGGAUGCUGUUUGUGACUGUAGUGCCCAGUCGCUGGCCUCCUGCUUCGUCCGACCAUCCCGCAACACCAUCCGACACUCUCCUUCCAAAUGCAGGCUGCACCCUUCAGAGUCAGGCUGGGGCGGGGAGGAGAGGGCAGCCCCGCAGUGAGUCACAGAGCAGCCAAGCUCCCACCUUAAGCAGCCCAGACCCUGGAGAUGAGGCAAGGGGUCAUAUCUUCAGCCUCGCUCUGCCCAGGAGGAACAGCAGCUGUACCACUGCCAGAGAAGAGCUUUUCAAGGUAAAGCAGGGUGUCCCACUGACUGCUGGGAGGUGACCUCUGAUUUCCAGGGGAAGGCAGUGAGCAGGAGAAAGACCAGGACUGGGCCUCAAAAGCACCCGAAGAGCUCCGCAAGUCAUUUCUGGGUCCUCAAGGGGGCCUGGCACCACCCACACCACUUCUUAGAAGGAUCCAGAAAAGGAGGCCUUUCUGGCCAGGCUCCAGGGAUUGGGUCACAGGGAUGCACCCUAUGGACCACAUGCGGAGAAGCCACUGAGAAGUUGGGGUUUGCUUAGGGUCCAGCUUGACGCUCUUGAGCGAGCUGGGCUGGGCAGGGUCCCAUCACCCUUGCCUCCUCCUCCUCCCAGCCCUGCUGAUGGGUUUCUCUGCCUUCUUGGAGCAGGGAAGGGGGAUAUGAUAGAGCAGAAGCCAGGGCCAAGUACACUUGGAAUCCUGGAGCGCUGGAUCCCCCUGCCUGUACUCACAUGUAGCGAGAACUGGGUGGCAGGUAAGAGUGUGUGAGGUAUAAGGUUCAGAGUUGGAGGCCGGAAGAGCUGACUGCCUUGUCAAGGUGACUUGAAGGUCCAGCUUUCUUAGGAGACUCCACGAGAACAGAAAUGGAUAGGGCCCAUCUUAACACCUGAUGCUGAGGUAAAAGCCUACAUGCCAUGCCUUGAUCCCUAGGGCCUCUCUCUUGCUAGCAGGGAUGGCUGCCACAAUCCUGCAGCAAGUAGGGAGCAGAAAUGCUCCCUGGGAGAGACUCUGUUGGUCAGGUCAAGGCAGAGAGAGCUCCAAGAGGCUAGGGUCCCAGGACACAGCUCAAGACAAGGGCCUACCAACAUUUCUUGCCUAGAUUGUUUAUUUGAAUUUUUCAUACUAUAAAUAUUUAAGGUGAUUUACUUUAUUUUAAUAAUUUAAAUCCCCCCAAGGUAAUUUAUUAGAGGUAUUCUUGCCACUGGGACAACGUGGGGCUUGUGAUACCAUGGAGUCCCCCAUGUGGCUGAGGCAGCUCUGCACCAGGCUCAGACCACCUGGUUUUGUCAGAAGGGCCCCUUGGCAGAGCUGGGGCUCUGUACCUUGUUCCCCCAACCACUGGCCAUUUGGUCUCAGAUCACUACAAUUUACUCAUCACCAGGUACUUGGCCUGGCCUCUAUACACCAGACUGUAAGUGUUUCAGACAAAGUGUAGGCCAGAAUGAUGUCUCCACUCCCCAGACAGCCUCCAUGGUCCUUCUUACCCCUCCCUUCCCUCCAGCACCUUUUCUCACAAAGUCAAACAGAAGACUACUGUGUCUGUGUCCUGAGCACAGCCACCCCUCCAUGUUCCCCAUGUACGAACUCGCGAGAAAACAGGAUGGAUUUGUGGAAUGUCGUCUAUUGCAGCUUUGCACAUGGAUCUGAGAGUGUCUACCAGCCUGCCAGCCUGUUCACCAGCCCUUCUCUUAGCCUUACAGAUACUCAUGGCUCGUCUUCUAGCUCCAGCUCUACUGCCUGUCCUCCCUAUCCCUAAGAGUCGCCUGAGCCACACCAGUGUAACUCAAACUGCAGUACAGGGAGCUCACAUGCUUCCCCUUGGUGCCAAUGAACCAAUUUCAGGUGUGCAGGUGAUGGUGUGCCCUUCUGUUCCUGCCUGGGGAUCUGGACUCAUCCUAGGAUGGAUUGGCCUUUGUGCAGAGUUCCCCAUCAGAAAGGCAGAGAGCCAACUGCAAGGCUAGUUUCCUCCGGGACUAGGGAGGUUCCUCUGCACUCCCACCUACCAGUUUCCAGGCUACCUUUUUAGGGACACCUGGAACAGUUACCCAAAGCCCCUCAACCCCAUUCCCUACGGGCAGUAUAUCAGGGUCAGUUCAUCCCACCUGCUGUUGCCUCAUGUCCCAAUGACUUACAGUAUGGGCAGAGCCAGCAGCCAGUGGACCGUGGGCCUGGUCCUUCCAGGAUGCUACUGCCCUUCUCCAAGAGGUCAGAGACCCCUCUAAGGUUAUCUCCAGCUGAGGGGACCACACCAGGCCACAAGCCACCAGAGGCCUUCUGCCACCUCCCAGAGCUGCUGAGAGCCAGGGAGGCUUGAAGAAAAUUCCCCAUAGACCUGAACCCCAGGGCUUAGGGGCCACUCAGCCUUACCAUCCUGUCCCAUCUGGGUUGUUGUGCAUUACCAAUGUCUCAGCACCUGGCCCCUGUGGCCCCAGGAGGUGUUGUAAGCUCUAAGUCUUGGUUUUCAGUCUCUGUUUCUAAUUCUUGCUUGCCACUGUGCAAGGCCACUUGUCACUGUUCCUAUAGAAGCCUCUGGACACAGGGCUUGAUAGGGUUGAAAAUGUUACAUGUAAAUAUUGGUUUGGUUUGACCUUUAGCAUUUUACUUGGUAACUGGUUCUAUUUCCUUUUUUGGGGGGGUGGAUGGGUUAGUUUGUAAAUCUCUCUACUCUUUUUGAAAUGUAAUUUCUAAGUUUGUUUCUUCAAAUGCCUUUUAUGUCUUGGUAACAUUCCCAAAGCAGAAAACUGCCUGGCCUACUUGGGACACUCCCCUGGAGGCCUGGGGUCCUGAGAAGGAGCAACACCCUUCCUCCCAAUCCAUCCUCUUUCUGUUCACCUCUGCCUUUCUUCUCCUUUCCCUUCAGCCCUCUACCUCCUUCCCCCGACCCCAACUAAUGCCCCAAGGAACCUUGGUGUCCCAGUCCUCUAUUGCCUGGCUUGGGCUCACAGGGUUGACACAAAUUGGCUGGGGGCAUGAGGUUGAGUUUCAUGACUGAAACUAAAUUAUGUCUCAUCUUUUCCCAGGGCUAAAUUAAGUUAGACCAUCUUGGAGGCAAUGGUAAUGGGUUUUGAAAUGAAAUUCACAGCUCUUGGGGCCCCCUGACUAAACAAGGCAUCAGAACCCAUUUUCCUUUGUCUUAGCUUUCCUCCCAGUCCUCAUCCAACCAAGGCUUGUCCUCUAGGAGCUCAAAUUGGUCCCUAUCUCUUGGUCUCUCCAGGGAUAGUCAUCUACACCUAUCCUCCAGGUGACAAAACUAAGUUCUCAAAAGACUUGACCUUCUGGACGCCACCAUACCACUUUGUACCGUUCAUGAUGGAUAUGUCAAUCACUCAGCUUUGUCUCUUGCCCAGAGACCCCCCCCCCACUGAGUCUUCCUCUUCCCCACCCACCCAGAACAGAUCCAGUUCCAUUAACUGUCCACUAGCUCUCCCUUGUAGUAACAACUUCAUUGUAGUUACAACCAUCCCUGAACCAGCCCCCCUAGCGUACUUUACUGUUUAGAGGUCACAUCCCCAAUCCCCCUCCUUAAGAGACAGUUUUGACACCACAGGGCUUAGUGCUCUUGUUCUGCAAAUAAGAAAACAGAUACAGUUCUCAUGCCUGAGCCUAGAACCAGGAAGUCAUCAACUUUACAAUUAGACUCUUGUUUUCUCUACAAACUCACUGGGACACUGGCUAGAUUCAGGGUAUCCCAAAUUUGCCAAACCCAGGAGGCAAGACAAGAACCCCGAGCACUGAACUGGGAGACUUGGGGGUGGGGAGUGUCUCAACCAAACUCUGCUUUGGAUGAAUUAUCCCAAGGAUUUCCAAAGGGCACCAAAAACAGUGUUCCACCUUAGUCACGUGUUCCAUAAAAUAACAAAGCCAGAAAGUUGAGGCUGAUGGUAUAACACUUUAACUACAGCUACUCAGAGACUGAAGAAGGAGGAUCAAGUUCAAAGCCUGCUUGGGCUAUAGAGUGAGUUCAUGGUCAGCCUGGGCAGUUUUCUGAGCCCUUGCCUCAAAAUAAUGAUUUUAGGAAGUGCUGGGUAGGUAGCUCAGUGGUAGAUGCUUGCCUCCCAUGUAUGAGGCCCUGGGUUCUUUCCCUGGUAUUGGGAAACAGAAGUAGAAAAUCGAAGGGUGAGGACUAGGGACAUCUCAGUAUCUCAGUAGUGGGGCACCCCCAGCAUUUGGAAAAGAAAAGAAACUUUCCCCAGUCAACGCACUGUAAUCCCCAUAAUUACACAAUUCAAGUUAUUUAAAUUAUUCACCCCUCCCACACUCACACUUUUUGUUUGUCUGUUUCUGUUCUUAGACAUGAUGGUGCUAUGUACGUAUCCCUGGCAGAUCUGGAAAUUGCCUCUGCCUCCCAAGUUUAAUUAACAAAUAAUUAACAGGCGUGCACCACCAUACACAGUGUUAAAUUUCAUUCUUGAGAUUCCCGGCAGCCAUGGUAAGAAGAGAAGCAUAUGUGGCUCUUACCGUUCCCACCAGUCACGUGAGCAAGCAUAUUUACUCUGAGAGACAAACUAAUGUGGGGCAUGAGCUCUUCCUUCAAAGAUUGGAUAGCUGGUUCAUGUUUUAGCUAAGACAAAGCAUGUUUUCCAGAUGACUAUUUACAAAAUAAUUAACUGCCACUAACGUGAAUGAUGGUGGCCAAAUCACACAUCUAGCUUAUGCCUCAGUUUCCCCAGCUAUAAAGUGGUGGCUGUGGUAAAGACCCAACACAUCAUGCCUGCUAAUCUCCCAAGGAAAGCUGAAGUUCUGUACAGAUCUCUAGUAAAUCUGACCCCACACUCUACAGGCAUGGAGCCCUCGGUGCCCUGACUCCAGUGAUACUGUGUACUGUCUUCUCUUGUUGACCUUAAAAUAAAUGGGAAUCUCAGCCAACCUGCUCACAUUUUAAAAUGCUGCUUUAGUCCUUUAGGCAACUGUCUGUGUGUGUGUGUGUGUGUGUGUGUGUGAGCGCACGCGUGCAUGCAUGCACACACAUGUCCACAUGCUGGAAUUGAGACUCGGCAUGUGAGACAAGCACUUUACCACUGAGCUAUGUCUUCAAUGUCUAAGAGGCUUUUAAGUUAUUUAUUUUGAGACGGUGUUUCCUGUAUCGUCAGUUGGCCUCCAACUCACUGUGUAACCAAGGAUGAACUUGAACCCCUCAUCUUCCUGUCUCUUCACUGGCAUUUGCCACAACCCCGACCUUAAGAGUCUUUUAUGUACAUUCACAAUAUUGUGUCACCACUACUUCUCCAGAACUUUUGCGUCCCAAACUGAGAUCGCAUCCCAUCAUAAUAAUUAAUAACUGACCCCCCAAACAAUAAUUCCCUGCUCCAGGGCUGAAUGACCUCUGCUCUCUCUUCCUUUUUGUACUGGUCUGUUUUAGGUAUUCAUGUAGACAGAAUCCAACAUUAUCCAUUGUUGUCUCAUCCGUUCAUGUUUUACACAUGGAGAAGGGAGUGGCUUGUCCAAGGCCUCCCAGCAAGGCAGGGGAGGAGCUACCAGCACAUGCCAGGGCUCUUGACUCUCACAAGGUUCUGUGCAGAGUGUGUGAAGCAUGCUCUGGGGGCUCAGCUGAACCCCCAUCUUCCACCUCACACCCACCCCCUCCUUUAUCAUCCACAGCUUCGCUUCUCCCUGCCACCACUCCUUAGCUGGUUUCUACCACCAGAUGCUGUGGUCCUAGCCUACCACCAGCUUUUCUUAUCUGGGACCCUGGGGUUUCUGUAGCACCAGCUCUCAGCCCUCCUAUGUCCUCAAUACACACUUCCCUCUUAGGAACUUUCAUCUGAUCUUGACAACCCCGUCCCUGUCCCUAGAAACUCACAUCCCACCCCAUCAGGGAAGUGCCAUGUCCAGUUUGUCUUAUAAUUUCAAGGUCUGCUCUCAGAUCUAGGAUCAUCCAAUCUUGUGCUUAUUUUGUUUUUUGUUUUUUUUUCUCACUGGAGGCGUCCCCUUUGUUCCAUGAAUCAUGCAACGCCAUCUCUUACACCCUUCUCCUCAGACUCGUCCUAUCCCAGCAACCUCAGCCCAGAAAAGCCCCAGUCUCUGUCUCCUGUCUGCCCUACUUCUAAUAACAGCCACAUCACCUUCCACUGGAGGAUGUGUGAUGGACAUGGACCCCGUGCUCACUUUUGGGUCGUCUCUGCCCUGCCCACUCUUGGUGGCCUUGGUAUAGAGCAGAAGUUUGACUUCUUUUUCUUGGGUUUGUGUCUCUGUCCAUCCUGUCUGUUCUCCCUUAGCCUUCACCUCCCCCAGAUCAGCUCAUCUUGGCAGAACCUUACCCUCCUGAACCAACAGCUUUUGCAGUUGCCGAAUCCACAUACCCAUUAAAGGGCACCGAGGGCAUGAUGCUGGCCAACAGUUCCUGCUCAGGGCUCCUCUGCCAACUGACCACUUUCCUCCUCAUCCUCCCGGGAGCCUUCUCUUCCCUUUGUCUACCCCACUGACCCUGUUCUCCCCGCCCUGCCCUUCACUAGCCCCCUGGACCUAAGGGAAGAGCCUUUGGUUUCCUCUGAGGCAGACAGUCUGGCUUCCUUGUCAGACCACAUCCAAAGUCACCUAUGCCACUUCUGUGAAGAGAACCCUUAGCUAGCAGUCUGGAACCCUACCCCAAGUUUGAUCGUGACAGUUCUAUGGUCUUCCCAGGAGCAGCAGGAUGGCCCUAUGGGCUUCAAAUAUCCUUUGCGUUUGGGGGUCCUACAGCCUCCACCGGACCCUUUGGGCCCUGCCCCCCCCCCCGACUCUUGGCUCUGCCAUUGAUCUCUGUGCCUUAUUUAAUUUCUUUGCACAGGGGCUCACUCACCACAGCACCAUCCCUAGCAUCUGUCUACAUCUUUUUGUACCUUUACAGCCGGGCCUUGCCAGCAUGGCUUGCCUUAGGAGUUACAUGUUGCCAAGGCAACUGGGGUCACCACUGAAGACUAGUGUCUCUCAAACUCUGUCCCAGCAGUAGAAGCCUCACCAGGAAAGUUGACAGAGUGCAGAUUGUUAGCUCCACGCAAGACCCCCUGAAGCAGGCCUAGCAAGUGUGUGUGGGGGGGCGGAGUUUGAAAGAGCCUCCAGGUCACUCUGAUGUAGACUAGUUUGGCAGCAACAACAAUAUUGUUGGCCUAGAUGAGCUGUCAGUUCAAUUGGAAAGAUUGGGCCUGGCCUGUGCCAAGAACAAUGGAAAACAACUAGUCAACCAGAUUGGUAGAUUCAGGACCUCUGCCCCCAAGAAAACAUCACUGUGGCAUCUCCAUCUCCUAUCUUUGGAAGCUGGAACUGGGGAUGGGGGAGACAGACCUGCAGCUUUCCUAUCCCCCCCAUUUCAUUUCCCAGUUCACCAUCCCCCACCAAUUUGGGUUUUGGGGAAAUCUGCAUAGGUGGCCACUACAGACAAGGGGGAGGGUCCCCCAGGAGAGGCAGGAGGCAAAAUGUGUCCUUUGUCCACCGGGGUCCUCACCAUUGCCAGAGGGAAGGAACCUGCUGCAAGAAGAAAAUCCAAGCCCCUCCCCAUCAGCACUCCACACUGCACCUCCUUACCCUCCCAAUCCCAGGGAAACCAGGAGAUAGUGCCAAAGCCAGUUCCAAAUGCCAGCACAGCGCCUGGGAAAGAGCUAGAAACUCCUUUCCUCCCUAUCCUGCCUCCCCUUCCCCACCUGGCCACUACUGUGAAAUCCCUUCUUGCUCAGCCCUGUUUCCUGGGUAGGGUCCUGCAGUCGUGGGCCCUGAGGGACCCCUCAGGAGGGAAGGGACCAAGGGCAUCUUUGGGCCAACUAUCCAGCUUCCCUUCCACUGUCCUCCCCCCCCCUCCCUAUCACUACCCACUUCUGUCAUUCUGUCUUUAAUGGCUCCUUCCUGGGAUGGGUUGGUAUCAGGAGGACAGCCGUCUAGUCCACCAGCUCUCCUCGCCCUGUGUCUUAUUUCAGACAUGAGAACUGUACAGUGUAAACUUAUAAAGUGUUUUUAAUGGUUGUAGAUUGGAAAUAAAGUAUGUCAUAUAAACAGUU